GGGCGUAUCCGGGGCGUGCCCCCCGCCGCGCGCCUUGUGGCAGCCCGUGUCCCGCGGCGCCCUGCAGUCCCGUCCGGCGGUGCGGGGACAGGUGGGGCCGCGCCGCUGCCGUGCAGCAUCAUAAAAUCUUAAUCAAGUGAAAAUGGCCUUCAGCAAUCUGACAUCAAAGGCUGUGCUACUGUAUGAUGAAUGGAUCAAAGAUGCUGAUCCAAGACUGGAAGGCUGGCCACUCAUGUCUUCACCUUUUCCAACGACCUUUAUCAUUGGGACCUACAUCUAUUUUGUUACUUCUCUGGGACCCAAACUCAUGGAAAAUAAAAAACCUUUUGAACUCAGGCAGAUAAUGGCAUUUUAUAACUUCAGUGUGGUAAUCCUUUCUUUGUACAUGACUUAUGAAUUUCUUAUGUCGGGUUGGGCCACUGGGUACUCAUUCCGGUGUGAUAUUGUUGACUACUCGAGGUCACCUACAGCUCUAAGAAUGGUACGAACUUGUUGGCUGUACUACUUUUCCAAGUUCAUUGAACUGUUAGACACUAUAUUUUUUGUGCUACGUAAGAAAAACAACCAAGUUACAUUCCUGCAUGUCUUUCAUCAUUCCAUCAUGCCAUGGACCUGGUGGUUUGGAGUCAAAUUUGCUGCAGGUGGUUUAGGGACAUUUCAUGCUCUGUUGAACUGCAUUGUACAUGUUGUCAUGUACACUUACUACGGCAUCUGUUCUUUGGGACCAGCCUAUCAUAAAUACUUGUGGUGGAAAAAAUACAUGACAACUAUACAACUUGUCCAGUUCAUUAUGAUUACAGUCCAUAUAGGACAAAUCUACAUCAUGGAUGAUUGUCCAUACCAGUAUCCAAUUUUCAUGUUUAUUAUUUGGCUAUAUGGUUCUAUGUUCUUAGUCUUGUUUCUGCACUUCUGGUACCAUGCUUACACAAAGGGACAACGACUACCAAAAACAUCAAGAAACGGCAUCAGCAAAGAUCAGUGAAACAAACUCUUGUCUACAAGAAAGAAGAAAAAAAUUUAUACAUCAGAGUGAAAACUUGAGCUACUUGACAAUCAAGAUAUUUAGGUGCACACACUACACUGUGUAUAUUUUGUAUGUUUUCUUCCAAAGCAGAACUUGUAUUUUUACCAUAAGUUAUUUGGGUAUCAGAAUUUGGGGGGCGGGGUAGAACAGCAUGUAUCUCUGAAUUAAAAAGAAAAAAAAAAGUGUUUUCAACAACUUGCUCAUGUCUUUCCUGCAAGAAAUGAAUGGAUAGAUGAUCUCUAUCUAGAAGAUGCAGGAACAUAAAGAUACUUGUUGAGAAAAUUAGUGUGUAUGACAAGUACAAAGUACUUUGAACAUUGAGGAAAAAAAAAUAACCUUAAUUUUUAUAAGUUGUUGAGAAUGUCAGCUACAAUUUAUUAAAAGAAUGGAUCUUCAAUAAAUACUGUAUUUGAAUAUAAAGCUUAUAAUUAAUAUAACUAAUACAUAUAAAGCAUUAUGUGUUUAAAAACAAUGUUACUUCAAAGAAAGGAAUGUAUGUUAAUCUGUCAAAGUAUGGCAUUUAAUUUGAAGACAGAUUUUUAUAUGUACCCUCUUUGAUUGAGAUAACUUAAUUCAUUUUAUGUAGGAAACUUGUAUUAAUUUAAAAAAUCAUCCUAAAUGCAGGAAACCUACUAAUUUGAGGGUCAUCCAAACUGUCUUGUAGUGUAAUGAUCAAAAAAGCCUAGUGAUUUGUUCAGUGUUAUAAUAAUCAUCAUCUAUGAGUAUAUUUUCAUAUACGUAGGAUAGACUGCUUAGUGGGGAUAAAUAUGUAAUUCAGCAGUCAAAAUCUUAGUCCUUAUGUAUCUUUUAAAGAAACACAUUGUUUGAUUGAAGCCUAAAUGUUAACUACCAUGACUGUACUGUAUCUGUUUUCUUCCAUUCCCAUUAUCUAUUGAAAUACACGCCUCAAAAGACUUUCUGGCGUUUUCUUAUUAUUCUUUAUUAUUAUUACUGUUUGUUUUUAACAACUCAAGUUUAAAGUUUUCUCUGUUAAGUAGCAGUGGUUACCUUGUCUCUGUUCUGUCAAACUAG